AUGUUUGGGAGAAAUCCAUGUUUGUAUGUUCUCCGAUUCGCGUCCCAACUGAAAUUUGAAGAUAAACAGCACGAGGUCAGUAUGACCGCCUUACGCCUGGUGCAAAGGAUGAAGAGGGAUUCCAUACAUUCCGGUCGCCGACCUUCCGGAGUUUGUGGCGCGGCGCUACUCAUAGCGGCGCGUUUGCAUGAUUUCUCACGUACUCCAGCGGAUGUUGUACGAAUCGUCAAAAUACACGAAACAACACUCCGUAAAAGGUUGUUAGAAUUUGGUGAAACUCCCUCCAGCGCGCUCACUCUUGAUGAAUUCAUGACUGUAGACUUGGAAGAAGAACAAGACCCUCCCGCUUUCAAAGCUGCGAGGAAAAGGGAUAAAGAUCGAUUACAGAAAUUAAUGGAGGAAGAAGAUGGCGAAAAAGAACUGACUGAGCUACAAAGAGAAAUAGAAUCUCAGUUGGACAAAGACGCUACAAAACGAAAGCGUAUGAAUGUUGGACCGCCUAUUCCAACGAUGACUAUUGAUGAUGGAGAUUCGGAAGAUGCAGAGGCGUCUCGGUUCGCAGCCGAAGACGCGCUGUCGCUUAUAGGUGAAAUAGCAAAGGAUGUUCAGCCAAAAGAGGAUGCUAAUUCAGCCAAAGAAAAACUGGAAAAAGGACUUGGGCCGGAGUUGGCAGUUAUAGGAUUAGGACAAACGGAGGAUAAGUCUGACAAAUUCGCUAAACCUGAAGCGAAGACCAUGAACAGAGAUCUUCAUAACGCAGAAGAUUUGCUCCUCAGUAACCAAGAAGAGGAAUAUAUCAACUCUCUCAUUAUGACCGAGGAAGAAGCUCGACACAAAACUUCACUGUGGCACAAUAUCAAUGCUGAUUAUUUGAAGGAGCAAAAAAUUAAAGAAGAAUUACGAGCAAAAGAACGAGAGGAAGGGAAAGACAAAAAGCGCAAGGUGCGAGGUUCCUACAGAAAGAAGGUGGCAUGUAACGCCGCUACCGCCGGCGAGGCCAUCGGCAAGAUGCUGGCUGAGAAGAAGAUCAGUUCUAAGAUAAACUAUGAUAUACUGAAGAGUUUGGACCAACCGGGAACUGUGAUGGCUCCGUCCACACCAGUUAUGACUCCCCCAACUGAAGAAGAGCAAAAGAUACCAAUUCUCGUAGUGCCCGCAUCGCCGGCGGUGCCCGCGUCUCCCGCUCGCAAGCGCAAAAAGAAGGCUCCUCCCACUCUCAACACCGUGCCUGCGAGCCCCGCGCCCUCCACGCCCACGCCGCCUACGCCCACGCCGCCCACGCCCACGCACAUACAAGAUGCUGCAGAUGAUUACGAGGAAGACUUAGAUACAGAAAUCCAAGAGCCCAAUGAACAAUUGUCGCUCGCCGCUAUGUUGAAAAAUGGAGAGGAUGACGAUUACUACGACUAUGAAGAAUAC